UGUAGUUUGGAUAGCGAGUUCCGAGUGGAUCUAGAUCAUAUGGCAUCGAAAGCAGUUGUUUGUGUGGCUUUGUUCAUUUGUAUGCUGCUUGUUACAAGCAGCACUGCUGCAAAGACAGCAUGGCCUGAACUUGUUGGUAAGGAUGCAAUCUACGCAAGGGAGCAGAUUCUGGCUGACAAUCCCAAGUUGGAGAUUCAUAUUGUGUUUUAUGAGGCGUGUUUAGUUACUGCAGACUUUGAUAAAAACCGUGUUCGAAUCUACACCGACUGCAGCAACAGGGUAGUCAGAACACCAAGCAUUGGCUGAAAAUAACCAAGCACUUCUGCCACUGUUGAAAUGAAUUUAUAAGUAAAUAAAUGUUUUGUUGAAUCA